AAUAAGAUUCGCGCGUCAUUCACUGCGCGCACCCUAGUUUCCGUAGCACGCCUGCUGUGUUUGGAUCGAGUUAUGGGAUUGAGAUUCCACGUCCGUUAUUAAAUUGCUUUUCUUGAAUCGUAACAGGGGAUCAUGCCGUAUUUCUGCGCUGCUCCUAACUGUGCGACCAAGAAAUCGAACCAGCAUCCCCUCUUCAGAUUUCCAAAGGACGCUGAAAGAUGCAAACAUUGGGUUGACAAAUGCAAUCACGAGGACCUCAACGACAAAUCGCCAGAACAGUUGUACAGAUACUACAGACUUUGUGUCAAACACUUCGAUCCUUCCUCUUAUGAGAGUAACGCUACUGAGUAUCUCAGUACAGUACUGAAGGACGAUGCCAUACCAUCUAUUUUUGAUGUGCCAAGCCAACCUAAUUCUACACAGCUGAAGCGCAAUAAAGCAAUGGCUGAAAUUGCUGAAAGGGACAUACAAGUGAGGAAAAAAGUCAAAAAGUCCCAAACCGAGACGACCACAGAUCCUCCGGAGCCCUCUGAGGAGGAGGGGUACAAAGAGUACCUCAAAGCUUUGUUUGAAUUACUCGUUCUGUUGGGGGAGCAAAACAUUCCUGUCGGAGGAUCUCUCGAUACCAAAGAGGAGAGCAUGACUUCAAGCAACUUUGUGGAGUUGCUUGACUACCGCAUGAAUGCCGGAGAGGAAGCCUUGAAGAAGAGAUGGGCAGAGGAUAAACACGGCAAUCUUCCUACUAGAUUGACUGAGCUGAUCGACGUGUGUGAGAAAUGCGUUCGAAGUCAGCUUCUGGAAGAAGUUGGGCAAAAUGGCUUCUUCUCAUUAAUCACAGACGAGGUGGUGGUUAUUUCAGAGGAGUGGCACUUGCCUGUCUUCCUGCGUUAUGUGGACAAAAAAAACAGCCAGCAGGAAACCUUUUUGGGUUUUCUGAAUUUUGAGGAUGAGGGAGACAGCGUGGCAGGAAAACUGCUCUCCGAGCUGACUGAAAAAUGGGGUGUGAAAAUGGAACAAUGCAGAGCUCAGUCCCAUUCCUGUUCCGCUACUCAUUUUAGCCAAGUUAAAGAUGUUGUUGCUAAGCUAAAGGAGCAGUACCCAAAGGCAGUCAUCACACCAAGAUCAACCUGCCCCUUAAACAUCUCACUGGCCAACACUUUGGGUUUGACAGGAGUUCAGCUUGUCAUGUCUACCUUCAAGAAAAUUCAUUCAUUUUUCACAGAUUCAACAGCUCUGCAAUUAGAGUUGGAGAACGCCAUUGCUAUUUUCUAUCCGUACAAGGAAGAGAAAGCCAAUGAACUCAAAGAGCUCUGUCACACCGCUUGGACCACAAGCGGUGAGGCAUUUGAGGUGGCAGUCGACAUCGUAGAGUCUCUCCUACUCUGUGUGGACAGCGUGCAUGACAACGAAGACAUGCGAUGGAACGAUCAGGUGAUUCAGGAUGCUCUGGAGAUCUCCAAAGCGCUAGCUGACUUUGAGUUCAUCAUGAGCUUGGUGGUGCUGAAAAGCACCCUCUCGCUCACACGCGCCUUCGGUGCCAACCUGCAGGGGUCGGCGGAGGAAGCUCAUUUCGCGGCCGACAACUUCGAGUCGGUGCUGCAGUCGGUCCUCGAGGUGGCCGCCAACAUCGACGUGUACCACGAGUUCUGGUACGACGAAGCGGUCAACCUGGCCAACGCCAUGGAGGUCCCCAUCAGGGCGCCGCGCUGCUUCACAAAGAGGCAGGGUUUGGCGCCCGGCGUGACCGUCCUGCCCGACCACUACUACAAGGAGCACGUCUCGGCCCCCGUGUUGAGGCACGUCGUGGACGAGCUGAAGGAGCUCUUCGGCGACGAGCACCUGAAGGCGCUGGGCAGCCAGUCGCUCAUCCCCGGCCUUCGGAGCAAGAAGGCCGGGGAGGAAACCGAAGAGGUGAACCUGCAGAUGUACAAGGACGACAUCCCGAACGCUGGAACCCUCUCGGCCGAGCUGCACUGCUGGUGGGUCAAGUGGAAGGGCCCGAGGGGCAAGGGCGAGGCCCUCCCAGAGAGUCUCGGGGAGACGCUGGGCCUGGCCGACUUGAAGUUCUUCCCGAACGUGCUGGCCGUGCUGAGGUUGCUCGGGAUACUGCCCACACUCCCUCUCAAGGAAGACUGUGGUCUGGCCUACAGGCGCUACCGGAGAUACAUCAAGAACACACCGGACCACUGCAGGUCCAAAAGCCUCGCUCUCCUAAAUGUCAACAUUGACGUUAAUCAUGACUUGGACGCCAUGGUCCAGGCUUACAUGAAGGCGUACCCGGAAAAGGAGAAGGAGAAGAACAAAGAACCAGAGAAGAGCACGGAACCAGAGACUGAGAAGCUUUAGGCCGGAUUCUCUGGUGUUGCUCAACAUUGAUACUGGAUUCUGUUCUAAUAGUGCAAAAGUAUAUUGAAGCUGGCUUUUAAAUCUGUACAUAUUUUUUUCUACUCGAGGUCAUACAUAAUGAGGGAAGUUUGUUUUGUUCCUACUGACCAGUUGCUAUUCCUUCAAACUCUUUUGUAGGCCAACCCAUCCCUUAUACAAAUACCCCCGCCAGAAGGUCACCAAACUUGACCAUCAUGCAAAUAACCAUUAGAAAUUAACGUUUGGGAAAAAGAAAUACAACUAAUUGUUCAGAAGAUCUACGAUUAAUAUGCAGUAGUGCUUUUAUACAAGGUAUCAGAAUAAUUGUUCCCCGAGAUCCUUUAUAUAGCAGUGACUCUUUAUUUGAAAAGUGUGUACAGCUGUGAUGUUUGACAUGUUUGUUAAGAUGUCGAGUUCAAUAAUAAAAAAAAAAUCUGAUCAUUGUUA